AUGAAUCCAUCCAUGAAUUUGAUUAAUGCUCAGGUGCAUUUUCUGGACGACCAUCUUGUGCUAGUGCAUAUUCCUCUUAAUCUGUACCACUAUUUUUUCAAGGCUAUUUUGGGCAUCCUCUUUGAUGAAACUCCGCCCUUGGACUACUUCCAACCUAGUGGUGGUGAAGACCAUGACCAUGACAGUCAUAAUGCCGACAACGCCCACGAUGACUUGGGCUCAUCAUCCGACACAGCCUGGUAUCGAGAACCCGCCUUCUUGAAUGUUUCUAUCACUCCGGUGGAACUCUCACUUAUCUGUCCCCGUCGUCUGGUGAAGAGAUAUUUGGAACCUGUGCUCGAUCAACUCGGCCAGACAAAUGCAUCGCUCCGGGAGAGCGUCGACAUCAGCGACCAUGAGUACAUGGCCAUGCAGGUCCUCGGACAGGGCCUCGAAGCUGGAAAGCGAGUCUUGGAACUCACUAGUCCACUGGCCAUGGCAGGAAUUUCCAUCUUCUUCAUCACGACAUACUUCUCCGACUACAUUCUGGUUCCUCGGCGUCACAAAGCCAGCGUCAUCGCGGCGCUCGAGAGCAAAGGAUUCCAAUUUGAAAAUGCCAAUGAUGCAUUCGUCAGUCCUCUCACCCCCACGAUCGAACGCAAACUCAGCGACGCCAUGUCCCCCGUGACUCCUCCCCCAUCCACCGUCGCCGAGCUCCAGACUCGCACCUUCAAAAACCUCCGCGCCCGCCAUAUCUUCCCCACGGUCGACGACAGUAUCCAGUUGGUCCAAUGCGCCGUCCAUCAUGAAUACUAUUCCCGGGAAAGCUCCCUUUCAAUCCUCCGAGAUGCACUCAUCACCACCCUCAUCGUGGACGAUCCUCGCUUCCUCUCCCUCACCCUUGCAGCGCUAGACUCAUCCGCCUCCUUGCUCCUCGAGAAGCGUCUUCUUCCCCGCUUUUCUCGCCCCUCCCAGGACGGAAAGGACACGGAUCUCCUGCUCGGCGCUCACGGAGACACCCUCAUUCCAAUCAUGUUGGACCUGCGCGACUUGCCCCUCGAAGCUUCGGGCAUUGUCUGCGGCGUGGCCGGUCGACUGGCCGAAGCCACCAGCGGUAUCUCCCCCGCCCUCGCCAGUGAUCAGGGAACUGGCUCGGACAGCAUCAACAGCAGAGUGAUGACGGGCUCUGUUCCCGGUUUAUUUGGUGAAAUUGAAACGCGAUUGACGCUUGAAGAAAAAUCGCCCAUCACUACCCACCAUCAUCUGGCCCCGCUCACGCACCAUCUGAAGCCUGAUCUGGAACACUCGGCGGAUGCGGUGGAGAUUAGUUUCCUGAGUACGGCUCGCGCAGGUACGAUCAUUGUGGGCGUGGAUGAGCUGCACAGGGCCAUUGAUGCUCUGGAGGCAGAAAAGAAGAAGCAGGGGCCUCCGGCAGAGGACCCGUCGGCUGAGUCCAGUGUUGGAUUAGGGUUGGAAGUGAAGACGGCCGACUCUUCCGAAAAGAAUUAA